AUGCCAAAAAGCAACAACACCAACAACCACCAGCACCAAACAAUCGAAGUCCAGCUCCGCCACCACCCACACCCAGACCCAGCCCGCGGCACAAAGCGUCCCCGCCACCCCUCCCCGCCCAAAGGCCUCCCAGGCCCAGGUGAAGGCGGCUCAGUCUCAGCCGAAGGCUCAGCCGAAGCCGAAGCGGAAGCAGAAAGCAGCCGCAAACACGGCAAAAGACUAACAACGCUCGAAGAAGUCUCUCUCUUCGAGAUCUGCAACCGGCACGCCUCCAGCUUCGGCAAGCGCAGCGACAUCUGCAACUGGUGGCGCGGCGUAGCAGAAGAGUUCACGCGCGCGCACGGCCGGCCGUACUCAUGGCACUCUGUCCGGCGGAAGGUGGAGCUCGUCACGAAGCAGCGGGUGAAGUUCUUGAAAGACAGACGGCAGCAGCAGGAGAACCAGAGCCAGAAGCUACUGGGGGUUGGCGGGUCGCAUGCGCAAGCGCAGUUGUCGGAGGACUCGAUGAAUCCGCAGUGGUGUGGUGUGCUUGAUUUGUGGAUUCCGACGUGGACGCGGUGGCAGGAGGCUGAGGCGAAGAGGAUCGAGAAGCGAGAUGAGAUCGUGAAGAGGAGGAGGGUUUCGCAGGUGCAGGUUCAGGUGCAGGUACCGGUGCAAGGCCAGGGUAGGGCUGAGGGUUCGCGGGAUGCGGGUUCUCGGUCUUCGUCUUCGGAUGCGGAUGGGGGUGGGGGUGGCGAGUUUCAUGGUGAGGAGGGGGGUGCGGAGACUGUUGCUGUGGCGGCUUCGCUUGCUGGUACGCAGCCCUAUGGUGGUGGUGGUGCGCAGUCGACUCCUUUGACUUUGCCUGCUGGUGUCAAGCUUCCGCCUGGCUUUGAGUCUAUGUACUCCAACCCGAAUCCUCAGCCCAGCUCCAGCUCCAACUUCCAGAUUUCACAAUCGUCGUUGCAGGCGCCAGGGAGACAGAAGCGAUUGCAAAUACAGAGACAACCGCAAUUACAAGCACAAGCACAAGUACAAUCACAGAUGACAGGGAUGGAUUCGCCAAACUUAUACGGAUCCGGGCCUCAUUCAUUCGAUAUCGAGCGGAUCAAGGAAGAGUUGCGUCAGGAGAUGCGAGUUGAGCUGCGGAGGGAACUGGAUCAGGUCCGCACUGUAUAUGAGAAGUUGGAUUCUUUGCAGAGGACCCAGGAGAUGAUUCUUCAAAUGUUGCGGCCGGGGUCUAAUUAG